CUCUUUACUGGAUUUCAUGAUGACCGAAAUUAGUGCGAUGACAAUAGUAUUACGCAGAAUGUUUAGCAAGAAAGCGACUUUCAAGUCUGCAACUCGCACUAGGCCACUCGCCGGUAUUCAGAAAAGAAUGAAGAAAUUUAUAGAAAAGAAUGAGUCGGCUGAUAAUUUUGAUGCUGAAGACAUAAGUGAAUUCGAAGCAGAUUUUACGAAUGUCGAUAUUAGCCACAAAAUGUAUGAAAGGGAGAUGCAGAGCAAGAAAGAAUGUCUUAAACAACAAAUUGUUGUUCAAAAGUAUUUUAAAGAGAAAGAACCACGUUUCCUCACAUUUGCUGAAAAGAAACUGAUUCAUAAGUUACAUGACUUCAAUCCCGAAGAGUGGACAAUAGAGAAACUCAGCGAGAGUUUUCCUGCUUUACCAGAGACAAUACGAAAAAUCUUACGCACUAAAUGGUCGCCAAAAUCAGUAGAGAAGGUUGUGAAAUACGACAAUGUGGUGAAGCGAAAUUGGGAAAAAUUCCGGAUGGGUGAACUUACAUUAAGUCCUAUACUCAGUGAACAUCUGACGAAAUUUAAGGACAGGGAAAUUAUUUCGACAGACAGAGAAUUAUUAGUGAAACAGUUUGUCUCUACAUUAGAGUUUAAGAAACCAAAGAGUCAGUUGUUCUCUAGUAUUGUACAAACUUAUCUCGAUAAGAAACAGGAGGAUAUGAAAUUAUUGUCGCAAGAACAUAAUUCAAGUAAAUUGACAGAUAAAUCUAAUCAUUGUGAAAAUCAGAAUUUAUUGACUGCAAGCACUACGACCGACAGUACGACUGUUAUUGAAAGUACAGAGAUUUGUAGAUUAAAUAAGGAACUAUCUUCUACAUCGCGUACAGAUUCAGAAAAUCAUGAUAUAUCAUUUAAUAAAAAAAAAGAGAAGCUACUUACAUUUGGUGAAUUUGUAAAGGUGAAAUUGAAAGAUAUAAAUGAGGAAUCUCCGGAAGAAGGUAUCACUCUCCUAAAUGCAUACAGGAAGCAAGUAGAUGCUAGUCAAGAAGCGCAGAGUACAGAAGUUGCCACAGCAUCUGACAAUGUAGUAAUUUAUCCGGGGGAAGGUGCUCCAUCAAAAAUUGUACGACAAUCUGAGAAAGAUGUUUCUAUAGAUUUUAAGGAUAAAAAUAGAAGCUUCAAUAUUAUUGAAGCAGAUGACAAUUUGUUAAAUACUUCCAUCAUAGCGCGGAAUAAAAAAGUAGACGUAGAAUUAAACUAUGCUAAGCCAAUAAAGAUCGCAAAGCAUCUUUAUAAACCUGGAAUGACAUAUCGGAUCAGCGAUUGUUAUUACGAUGACGACGGAGAAUUUUUAUAUCGCGUUCCAAAUGUACAAAAUUGAAUAUCAAAUUAUAGAUUAUUAAUGUAGAUAACAACUUUGUAUGUAACAACUAUGUAAUAUACAAAUGUAAUAGACAUAAAAUAA